GCGGAGCGUCCCGCAAAGGGUUAUGGGUGUGCGUUCCAUGUGAACUCAGACCGGGAUCCGGGUGCAGAAGUGCCGAGCGGUCUGGUUCUCCGACGGGAGCUCCUUGGGAUUUGAGGAGUCUCUUACUCUCCUAUUGGAUACGGGUUCAAGGUUCCCUUUCGUGUUUGGUUUUUCUGGAUAUUUCUUCAGUAAGACUUUAAAAAUGUCAUCCAAACAAGAAAUAAUGAAUGACCAGCGGUUUAAGCGAGUUUCAAAGGAUCCCAGAUUUUGGGAAAUGCCAGAAAAGGACCGAAAAGUCAAAAUUGACAAGAGGUUUCGGGCCAUGUUUCAUGACAAAAAGUUUAAAUUGAGCUAUGCUGUUGACAAAAGAGGGCGCCCUAUCAGCCACAGCACUACGGAAGACUUGAAACGCUUCUAUGACCUUUCAGACUCUGAUUCUGAUCUUUCUGAUGAAGAAAGCAAAGUUCUGAACCAAAAGAAAGCAAAGCAGAAAAAAAAACAGACCGGAAAAGAAGUGAAGUCAAAAGUGCUGAGUAAGGAGAAAAAGAAAGAAACCCAAAAAACUGAUCAAAAGGAUCCUAUAAAUAAAAAUGAGUUAGAUAAUUCUGAAAGUAUUCAGAAUAUGAAAAACUUGUAUAAAUCUCAGAAGAUAGGUUCAGAGGUAAGUCCCAAGAAGGAUAGUGAAGAAUUUCUGCAAAAUACAAAAAGGAAAAAGAACACUGACCACAGUGUAGACUCCUUAUAUAAAGGAAAACCAAGGACCAAAGAUUCCAGUACUUCUGAAAUUGUGAAAUCUCCAACAGUCACUUGUUCUAAGGCAAAAAGAGAAAAGCAAUCAGUGCUUCCAGUUAUAAUGGCAAGAGCUGAUGAUGGUAACAUGCUUGACAAAGAUGCCCUGGAGGAAGAGUCAGACACUGGUAGAGAAAUAGGAAGUGAUGAGGAAUCUGAAGAUGAAGUCACAAGUGAUGAUAGAACUUCAGCUGAUGAUGAUGAGAAUGAAGACAAUGAAGAAGAGGAAGAUGAAGAUAGUGAGGAUGAGGAUGAAAGUGACAGUGGUCCUGAUCUUGCAAGGGGUAAAGGAAAUGUAGAAACUAGUUCUGAAGAUGAAGAUGAUUUCACAGAUUUAUUUCCAGAAGAACCUGGUUUUGAACAUGCUUGGAGAGAAUUAGAUAAAGAUGCUCCUCGGGCUGAUGAGAUUACACGCCGACUAGCAGUUUGCAACAUGGACUGGGAUAGAUUAAAGGCAAAAGAUUUGCUGGCUCUGUUCAAUUCAUUUAAGCCUAAAGGAGGAGUUGUAUUUUCUGUAAAGAUAUAUCCUUCGGAGUUUGGAAAGGAAAGGAUGAAGGAAGAACAAGUUCAAGGACCAGUAGAGUUACUGAGUAUUCCUGAGGAUGCUCCAGAAAAAGACUGGGCCUCUAGAGAGAAGCUAAGAGACUAUCAGUUCAAGCGAUUGAAAUACUAUUAUGCAGUAGUGGAUUGUGAUUCUCCUGAAACAGCAAGUAAAAUUUAUGAAGAUUGUGAUGGCCUGGAAUUUGAAAGCAGUUGUUCUUUCAUAGAUCUAAGGUUUAUACCGGAUGAUACUACUUUUGAUGAUGAGCCCAAGGAUGUGGCCUCAGAAGUUGAUCUAACAGCCUAUAAACCAAAGUAUUUCACGUCUGCUGCAAUGGGAACAUCAACGGUGGAGAUCACUUGGGAUGAGACUGAUCAUGAAAGAAUCACAACACUUAACAGAAAGUUUAAAAAGGAUGAACUAUUAGACAUGGACUUCCAGGCCUACUUAGCUUCCUCUAGUGAGGAGGAAGAGGAAGAAGUACCACAAGGUGAGGAUGGAGUCAGUGUAGAAGAUGGGAAAACAAAGAAGAAUCAGAAGGAUGAUGAAGAACAAAUUGCUAAAUAUAGACAGCUGUUGCAGGUUAUUAAAGAAAAAGAAAAGAAAGGAAAAGAAAAUGAUAUGGAAAUGGAAAUCAAGUGGGUUCCAGGCCUUAAGGAGAGUGCAGAAGAGAUGGUCAAAAAUAAGUUGGAAGGAAAGGAUAAGCUGACCCCUUGGGAACAAUUUUUAGAGAAGAAGAAAGAAAAGAAAAGACUAAAAAAGAAACAGAAGGCUCUUGCUGAAGAAGUCAGUGAAGAUGAGCUUCCUUCAGAUGUUGAUUUGAAUGAUCCCUACUUUGCUGAAGAAGUUAAAAAGUUAGGUAUAAAGAAAAAAUCCACGAAAUCUACAAAAGAUAGCACAUCUUCCGAGGAAGAAGCUGAACUAGAAAAGCAAAAGGCUGAAAUGGCCUUGCUUGUAAUGGAUGAGGAAGAGGAUAGCAAGAAACACUUCAACUAUGACAAGAUUGUGGAGCACCAGAAUCUGAGCAAAAAAAAGAAGAAACAGCUUAUGAAAAAGAAGGAGUUACUUGAGGAUGACUUUGAGGUUAAUGUUAGCGACGCACGGUUUCAGGCAAUGUACACUUCCCACUUAUUCAAUUUGGAUCCUUCUGAUCCUAAUUUCAAGAAAACAAAGGCUAUGGAAAAAAUUCUUGAGGAGAAAGCCCGGCAGCGAGAACGAAAAGAAGAACUACUUGUUCAAGCAGUAGAGAAAGCUGAGCAGAACACGGGAAAGGCGGCACAGAAGCGGCCCAUAGAUCCUGCCUUGUCUUUGCUGAUUAAAUCUGUGAAAAACAAAACAGAGCAAUUCCAAGCCAGGAAAAAACAGAGAGUCAAAUAGCUGGGCACUGUCUCUGUGGUCUCACAUUCACAGAAAUAGUAUAAGCGAUAAUGGGAAUGAAGCCACCUUUCUAGAAUAUGAAAAAUAACUGUUUUCUGACCAUUGUAAAGUUGUUCUUCAUUGGGGCUAGAGAGAUGGCUCAACAGUAAAGAACAAUGGUGCAUUUGCAAAGUAUCUGAGUUUGGUUCCCAGCACUCGCAAGAUAGGUGCUGGGCACCAAACUCAAAUACUUUACCUGAUUCCAGUUCUAAGAGAUCCAGUGCCCUCUCCUGACCUCUGUGGGCAUUGCAUGCCCAUAGUCCCCAUACAAACAUGCAGGCAAAAUGGUUACAUAACAAUUUUUUUUUAGUGUUCCCCUUACAUAAUUCUACUGAAUUGUAUAUAACUCACAUUUUAUAGUGUACAUUUUCACAGAUUUGUCAUAAUUAUGUGAACUGUAAAAUUUUAUAAGAUUUUUAUAUUGUAUGAAGUUCAUUUCCUACAAUUACAGUGUUACUCUAAUUUAGCUUCCUAGGAGACUUAUUUACAAUAUAUAUAAAAAUAGUGUCCAUUUUUCUGUACAAAUAUUAAAAACAAAUUUUAAAAAUAUAUGCAGUACCUUAUUCUGUGAAGGCAGGUGGCAGAUCUAAGUAGCUGUUAAGAUAACUUAUUUUCCUAUCAUAAGGAUAGAAGCUCUGACCUAUUUUUUCCAUGCUUGGUAAUUUGCAUGUAGAACUAAUUUAUGAAUAAAAGUACAAGAUGUUUUUAUUUUUAUUAGUUUGUGUACUAUUGAUUUUUUUCAUUAUAUGCACUUCAAGCAGCCUAUUCUAAAAAAAAAAUCUGAAAGUAUGACUUUAAUUGUUAAGAAAACAGUUCCUUGAAAAGGCAGUUUUAUUUUUACAUUGCCCAUAACUACAUUUGAAAUGUUCAUGAUCUCUGCAGUCAGUUUUCUGUUUGUAGGAACAACAACAACCACAAAACCCUCCUGUCCUUUAGGUUUUUAGAAUGUUUUAGAAGACUGGGUAUGCUGAUAUAAAGGAAACCCCAAUACUUUGUAAAAAUUAAAGGACAUCUUCAAGACUAAUCCUUGGAUCCAUCUGGUAUAGAUUUUAAGAACUGUUAACUGACUGCUCACAGGAAAACUAGAUUUGCUAUAUAUAAGUAAAAGGAAACAAAGCCAAAAUGGAUGCAGCAAUUAAAGAUGCAGCCCCUUCUGAAGGACAGUACAAAUUCUCUAGGUUUAUGUUUAAUAUGGAGGCUGUCAUCUUUAGCAUACAAACCUGAGUUUACCAAGAAAGCAUGGUUUUUUAAAGAUGCAAAUGUUAGAGCAGUAUCAAAACCCUGGCAAUGUAAAUAGUUUCUGAAAGAGGGAGGAAGAAAGUAGCACGUGUUAAAUAAGUUGCUCGUUAUAAUGAAGAACAAUAAAGCCUCUACACAGGACAAUGCUGAGAUAUGUCUGUGAACUUCCCAACACUGGCCAGUCAGUAAGAAUGAUGUCAUAGGAUUAUUAUAUCUACCGAUGCUUCUUACUUCAUUUCAAGAAAAUUUUUGUUACCUCUAAUUCAAGUCAGGUAGGGAUUCACAUUUAAUUGGUUUGAUUUUUUUUCCCCCAGUACUAGGAAUAAAACCCAGCCUAUAUGUACUAGGCUGGUGUUCUCCUACCAAGCCACAUUCCAGAUCUUGGUUUGAAACAAAGUGCUAUGUAGUUCAGACUGGCUUCAAACUCACAUCUUCUGGCUCUGAGUUAUGAGAUUACAGGCCAGAACUACUCUUUGAUUUCAGGAUUCCUGAGAAACGCAGCACUUUAGUGGAUUUGAUACUGGAAAGGUAAAAGUUCGGUGUAGAUUUGUAGAUGAGAAAGCAGAGCGCUUGUCUAAUGAGAUUGAACUCCAGGAAAUGUACUAGUUGAGGUCUUUUUAGACAACUGAUGGCAGACACUGGAGGGAAGCAUGGGGAGGUAGUCUAUCCAUCCAGUUGGCAUACACACAAGGUUCCAGUAUCCUCUGAGUUGUUACAUCCUCAGCAUCUCGGCAGAGUUAGGGGAUGACAAGGAACCAAGGACCAGAUCUCCCUUUGAGCAUCCUGGCCUUUUACAAAGACUCUUAGCUGCUACUUAGGGUCCCUACUUGACCUGACUAGCUUCUACCUCAAGUUCUCAUCAGUUUUGCUUUGUUGUUUGUUUGUCUUUUAACUUAGAACCUUUGUUUCUAAGGUACUGCUUAAAUUGCAAAGUCUCCUUUUACAAGUGAAGCAAAUAGUUGGGCACGCUGUAAAUUGUAUUUUUUCAAAUCAGGGUUUCUCUGUGUAACCUAGGCUAUUCUGCAGAUACCCCAAAUAAACCUUUCUAUCCACGUUGCA